AGGCAGGCAAUAAGUCGAAUAAUAAUAAAGGUAAGAUGAUGAUGCGCAGCAUGUCAAGCUCCGCCGCCCCACCGAGAGGCAUCGCGGCCGUGGUCGGCGUCGGUCCGAAGCUCGGCCGGUCAAUCGCCCGGAAGUUCGUCCACGAGGGCUACACCGUCGCGAUUCUCGCUCGGGACUUGGGCGCUCUGUCCAGAUUCGCCGACGAGAUCGCCAGAGAAGAGAAGGCCCAGGUGUUCGCCAUAAGGAUAGACUGUUCCGACACUCGGAGCAUACGAGAAGCGUUCGAGGGGGUCCUGUCCCUCGGAUUCGUAGAAGUUUUGGUUUACAACGCCUACAAGACGGUGCCGAUUCCGCUGACCAAUUUCGUGGAUAUUAAGGUCGAACACUUCGAGAAAUCCAUGGCCGUUUCCUCCGUCGGGGCUUUCCACUGCGCUCAGCAGGUGUUGCCGGGCAUGGUUGAAAGGGGAAGAGGGACGAUUCUUUUCACAGGUUGCGCGGCUUCCCUUGCCGGAAUUGCUGGCUUUUCCGAACUAUGUUGUGGAAAAUUUGCAUUGCGUGCCUUAUCACAGUGCCUAGCGAGAGAGUUUCAACCUCAGGGGAUACACGUAGCUCACGUCAUCAUUGACGGCGCCGUCGGAACACCUCGAACAAACAUGAUGAGCACUAUAAGAAAUCUCAUUGCUUCUCCGUUUUCUCCAACGAUAUUUCCCCCAAAAUGUGACGGGACUGCGCCCUUAUGGAGGUUAUCUGAGGUGUCUAAGUAUUUCCAUCUUUGUGAGAUCCCUUUAGAUGAUCGAAUGCAUCGUGUGGUGUUAGAGGGCCCCGUUGCUGAUUGGUUCCGUUGGCGUUCGAACAACGACCUGCUUAAUGGUUGAGACGAUUUUCUCAAAAAGAAGUUCAAAAUUUGAUUCACUCCUUUUUUAUAAUUUGGAUUAUGUGGAUUAUGACGCGUUGCCCUAUGAGCUAGAUCUUACAUCUCAUGAUUGUUUGGUACAAGUCAAGGGGCAUCAUCGUCAUCAUUACUAUCAUCAUCAUCAUCAUCAUCAUGCUCACAACAGCAGAAAUGGGGGUUUAGAGAUAUGCAACAGAGUGAAGGAGGAGUGGAAGACGGGUCAAUGGACCCGGACGAGUUGGCCCGCACGUACUGGCACUUGCACGUUCAAGACCGUUCCGCUUGGACCCAAGAGAUUGACCUCCGCUCCUUCAGAUCCACUUUCUAAUUUUACUCUCAUAAAUUCCCCCACCAAAAUUUUUAUAUCCAGAUUUAUCUAUCCUGUUCCAUCCCCAAUUAUUCCAAAGUCACGUCACAGCUGUACUUUCUUCUUUUCUUUUUUUUUUAUUUCUUUCUUUUCCAAAUGUUAUUAUGCUCGUAAUUUUUUUUAAGUGUUUGGGUUUCUGUAUCUAAUUAAUUAAUUAAGGAAGAUUGUAAUAUAUAUUUCUCGGAAGAAUGAUGGCAAAGAGAGGGAUGAGGGUGGGUAAUGAAGGUAAAUUUACCAUCAUAUCCUCUAGUAGGAAGGGUGAACAGUGAUUUACAAAGGAUAUAUUGGUAAAAAAAUUUCAUAUCCCUUACCCUACUCAUUGCCCUAACCUUGUCCUAGCUCUAUCAUUUUUCUUCUCAAAAUGUAUAUGGAGUAACCUUUUUUUGGUUUCUUUACGGAUUAUAAUUGUUGUCACAAAUUGAUACGUUAGCUAAAAGACUGUUU